ACGGCUGUCUCAGUAACCCAUCGCACAAUUCACGACAACCCCAACUUGUUCCCGCAACCAGAAAACUUCGAUCCACUACGCUGGCUCGGGACUAAUAACAAGGAGCUGGAUUACUGGAACGUGUCGUUUUCUAAGGGACCUAGGAGGUGUCUUGGAAUGAAUCUAGCAUACCUAGAAAUUUAUAUGUGCCUCGCAACUUUCAUAUUGCAUUUCGAUAUGCGUUUAUUCGAGACGGACGAGCGGAGCAUGGAGUGGUGGGAUAAAGGGAUUACGGUCAAUCGCAAGCAUGUGAAAGUAGUAGCUAUUAAAAGAGAGCUAGUGGUCAGAGUCUGAACAAACAUGGCGAAUAGUAUCGAAUUUGUCGUCUCCUGGAAGCGAGAUGAAGCCAUUGACAGGCAGGGAGACGGGUCGCAGGAGGCUCGCAAUGAUGGGAGAAAUUCUCGGUAUUCCGUAUGGCGCUGAAGCCCUGGUUGUGGGAUUUUUGGAUAUGAUGCACGCUACUGAUGCGGUGUUGCUGUUGCUGAUUAGCUUGUGGUUUAGCUUUGAAACAGUUGAGACUCGUACUCUAGCAUGGCCAUGGCCGAGAUUCUGUCGGCUGUCUCUGGUUGAGCGCGAGACGAAGUAGGCAUUCCUUCACUUCAAUGAUAGGAGAGUAAACAAUGCAAUCAUUCAUUUAGGUCGAGG